CUUUGUUCCCUUGUAUUGGUUCUCUCCCUCCCUCGGUUCCUAGAUACCAUUUCCAUUUCUUCUCACAGGGAGAUGGGUUAAGACUUGAGAUAUAAGCUGUUGCCUCUUCUUCAAACACGUGGCCAUGACUCUCCUACUCUGUCCUAUCUUAUAUAAGCAUAGUCCCCCUCACCCUUCCGAACCAAUUCGAAGAGAGCAAACCUACAAGCAACUCCAAGGCCUCCAAUCCCCUCAUUAUCAUCCAAGUCUAGUGGGAAACGGGAAGAAAUCACAAGGAGGAAACCAAACACGAUGUGCAAUACCACUCCCGACUCUCAGCUGCCUUUCUCCUCACCAAAGUCCAACCUCUUGGACGUCCCCCAUAAGGAGCACUCGGAAGAGGACCUCCAAAGAUGGCCUACUCUCUCUGAGGUGGUAGAGGAAAUGAGAGCCAUAGGAAGGAUAUCCAUCCCUACAGCUCUCACUGGUCUGGUCCUCUAUUCGCGCGCCAUGAUCUCGAUGCUCUUCCUCGGCUACCUCGGUGAGCUCGAGCUCGCCGGUGGCUCCCUCUCCAUCGGCUUCGCCAACAUCACGGGCUACUCGGUCCUGUCGGGCCUCGCCAUGGGCAUGGAGCCCAUCUGCGGCCAGGCCUACGGUGCGAAGCAGUGGAAGCUCCUGGGCCUUACCCUCCAAAGAACCAUUCUCCUCCUCCUCUCCGCUUCCCUUCCGAUCUCCUUCCUCUGGUUCAACAUGAAGAGGAUUCUCCUGUGGUGUGGCCAGGACGAACAAAUCUCCUCCACUGCCCACACCUUCAUCACCUUCGCUGUCCCGGACCUCGUCUUCCUCUCACUCCUCCACCCUCUAAGAAUCUAUCUGAGGUCUCAGAACAUCACCAUGCCGGUCACCUACUGUUCUUUCAUCUCCGUCAUCCUUCACGUCCCGUUAAACUACCUCCUCGUCGUCCGCUUCAAAAUGGGCAUCGCGGGCGUCGCCUUGGCGAUGGUCUGGACUAAUCUGAACCUCCUUCUUUGCUUGCUUCUCUUCAUACUGGUCUCUGGAGUCCACGAGGUGUCAUGGGUGAGCCCGAGUGUGGACUGCCUCAAAGGGUGGUCGGCGCUGCUCAGGCUCGCCAUCCCGACGUGCGCCUCAGUGUGCCUCGAGUGGUGGUGGUACGAGUUCAUGAUCAUGCUGUGCGGCCUCUUGGUGAAUCCAAAGACCACGGUGGCGUCGAUGGGUAUACUGAUCCAGACGACGUCGCUGGUGUAUGUCUUCCCCUCGGCGCUAAGCCUCGGGGUGUCGACCAGGGUGGGAAACGAGCUGGGAGCGGAUCGGCCCGCCAACGCCCGGAAAGCCACGAUCGUGUCGUUGGCCUGCGCGGUGGUGGUCGGGCUGAUGGCGAUGGCGUUCACCACCUCGAUGAGGCACCGGUGGGGGAGGCUGUUCACGAGCGAUGCAGAGAUUUUGGAGCUCACGGCGGUGGCUCUGCCGAUAUCCGGGCUUUGCGAGCUCGGGAACUGCCCGCAGACGACGGGGUGCGGCGUGCUGAGGGGGAGCGCGAGGCCCAACACUGGGGCGAACAUCAACCUGGGUUCCUUCUACUUGGUCGGCAUGCCGGUCGCCAUCUUGAUGGGUUUCGCCGCCGGCAUGGGCUUCGCCGGCCUGUGGUUGGGCUUGCUUGCGGCGCAGGCGUCAUGCGCGACGUUGAUGGCAUAUGUGGUGGUUACGACGGAUUGGGCGGUGGAGGCGAAGAGAGCUCAAGAGUUGACCAAGGCUUCUAAGUCUUCUUCUGCUGCUAUCCUUCCUAUUGCUAAUGAUUCCUAUGGCAUUUGCAAUGCUGUUCCAGCUUCUACUCAAGAUGGCAAGAAGAUAGCUAAUUUGGAAGAGAUACGGUGCGAUGGUGAUGAUGGGAAGAGCGAUCCUUUAGAGACAGAUAAGCUCAUUCCUGUGGAAUAAGGAGGAGUUGGAGUAUUUUUUUUUUUUUCCUCGCUUUCAUGGGUUUUUUUUGGAGUGAGAGGUCGUGUCUUCUACCUUCUUUAUUUUUCAGUUUUUUUUUAAUUGCUCUUAUCUGAUGUAUCCAGGUGACACUAUAGAUGAAACUCUA